AUGAGGGUUCUAGCGGUAAUAUGGGUAGUCUGUCUGGUAAGAUUUUGUAGCGCAGGAGGUGAUGGCAAAGUAGAUUCUACUCUCUUUAAUGUCCUGUGCUCUGUUGAGGACAACGUUAAGGUUCUUAAACUUACUCCUAAAGGUGAUAGGGUAACUCAAGUAAAGUAUGAUGAUAAAGAAAUAUGGUCUGGCAAAGCGAGAUUUAGCAACUCGUCAAACUUAGUGGAGGCUAUUGUGUACUUUUAUUUGGAGACUCCAGAAUUAGUUAUUAUCAAGGCAAUAAAGGGAAAUAACAAAUCCACGGUAUAUAGAUACCGUGAUGGUAGUAAGUGGAAAGAUGGUAAGGAAGAGACUUAUAAGAAGAAACUAGAAGCAUUGAAGGAAGACUGUAGGCCUAUUGGUAAGCCUGAAGACAAUCCACCUGUUUCCUCUGCUCCUUUGGAACAAAACACCCUGAAUAUUUCUAGAGUAGAUCAAUCAAAUCUCAAAUACUUCGAGUAUAUACAUGAUGACAAUCUGACUCAACUUAUUGUUCCCAAGAAGGAUGUAACCGUUGCAAAGAUCGUUCGAGGAAGUGAUACUGUAUGGACUCCUUCCUCUGGAGAAAAGUUCGAGUACUCCAAGCUAUAUCUUGAUAAGGAUAGGAAACUUGGACUCAUCCUUAUUACAAGCAACUUUUCUUCAGAUAUAAAAUACAACUACUUUAUUAAGAAUGGAACGAAGUGGGAAUGUGCAAGAGACUAUGCUGAAAAGAUGAAGGCUCUAAAGGUAAAGGUGGAAAAAUCAGACAUCUCCAUUGAUUUAGAGAGAGAAGAGGACACAGAUGAAUGUAGAGUUAUUGAUGUUGAACUUCUGAAGGUGCCUACACGUUUUCAUUUGCCAAAGCCAGAGUACCAUUCCAACAGUGUAAAGAGCGGUGAAGAUGUUCUAUGGGAGGCUGUAGGUGAUGAAAAAUGUACAUCAUGUGCCGUAUACUCCAAGAAUGGUAAUCAUCUACUCUCACUUUUUAUAAAGGAUGGAGACAAAUCUGAUUACAAACACUUUGAAAAGGUGGAUGGAAAGUGGAGCUCCAUAGAGAAGGAUGACUUUAACAAAAAGUACAAGAAUAUGCAAGUUACAGCAAGCCAAACAUCUGCUGAUACUACUUCCAUAGAACCUAAGGAGGUGACUGAAGAGAAUGACCAGCAGUCGAAUGAGUAUGCAGCUGGACCAGUUGCGGAUCCUCAAGAAUCUGUAGAUAUCCCACCUGAAAGUUCUCCAAGUACCGCUGCAGAACCAUCACCAACUGAAGAUACUGAACAGACUGCCGUUUCUUCAAGUGACCCCGUAGAUCAGCAACCUAUAGAGGUGAAUGAGCUUCAGGAGUCUGAGCCUUUACAGUCCACUGAAGACCUCCAAGAAGUAGCAUAUCCAUCAACUCAACAAGUGGAAGGAUUCGAGGUACCAGAAGAUUCCAAAGAUGACAACCCAGAGGUUACUCCUCAAGAUCAUUCUGAAGAGGUUCCCGUAGAGGAUCCCAAGCCAGUAGCUAAGGAUAUCUCUGAACAAUCUGAGUUAACUAAACCUGAGAAUGAAGUCUCUCUAGAAGAUUCACAUCCUGAAGAGACCGCCGAGACUCUUACUGAAUCCUCGCCCUCACUGGGAGACGCUGAUGAAGGAUCUACAGAUGACCAUGUCAAUGUUCCACCUGAAGAACUCCAUGACGGAACUCUAGAAUCUGCAGAUUUACCAGAGGUAUCUAAUGAUGAUGAAGACUCCCCUGAAGGGGAUGAGGAACCAAAAGCUUCUGAAUCUGCAUCCAAUACUGAGGAGGUAGUUCAGGAACAACCAGAGUCGGAGCAAACCGAUGAUAAGGUGGAAGAAUCUACUGAACACUCACCUUCGCUAGGAGAUAAUGAUGAUAGCGGAACAGAAGAACCAGUAGAGGUUACUUUCCCUCCCGCAGAAUCUAAUGAUAAAGAAGAGGAACUAGUAGACCUUUUAGCUUUACCAGAUGCUACAAAUGUAGAGGAUGUCAAACUAGAGGAAGUACUUCCAGAGACACAAGAUGUGGAAAGUCCGGUAAAGCAUCAUGGGAAAGAAUCUCCUGUCGAAGAUCUCCCCGAACUUUCUGCUGUGGAAGAUGGUCCAAAUCCAGCCCCUCCCAUUACUCUAGACUCUGUUGCACACAAUGAGACAAAGUUAGAUGUAAAUACAGAAAUGGAAUCCGAAAAGAUCGACCAUGCAGACACUCUAGAUGAACGUUUGACUGAGGAUAGGAACGAGACAAAAACUGAUGACUCCACAAAAGCAGCUGAAACUACAGAGAUUAAUCCAGUAACACUUGAUGUUCUAGACAUUAGCAAAGAGGAAGAAUACAAGAAGAAGCUUGAUGAUAUGAAAAGGAUGGAGACUAAUCAGCCUUCCGUAGACACUUCAGAUUCUACUAUGGUAUCUCCUAGCGAACCUCUUACUGAUGAUAAAGAGUCUCCAGAAGCUUCUCUGGAAUCUGUAAGUAAUGAAGUUAAGCCGGAGGACAGUGUAGAAGGUCAGGAGAAAGCACUUCCGGAGACACAGACUGAUGAAGAGAAUGAGUUAAAAGGUGAAGAGGCUGUAUCUGAUGUACUAGAGGUUCAUGAAAAUUUUAAGCAAGAAGAUACCACUGAAGAAUAUACUCCAGUAGAACCCAAGGAAGAGCCUACUCCUGUACAUGAUCUAAAGUCCAAGAUCGACUCUACCCUGUUUGAUGUGAGAGAAUCAAACUCUAAUGGAGUUCCGCUUUUGACCUGUACACCAAAGGAUAAGAAGAAUCCUACAAAGCUUGUUUAUGGAGAUGAGACUAUAUGGGAUGGAGGCAGAAGACCCUUAUCUUCGGCUUUAAUCUACUUUAAAGGAGACAAGCCAGAAGUAGUGACAUUACAAUAUAAAGAGAAUGGUAAGGAUCGCACUCUCUUCCUCCAUUAUAACGGUGAAGAGUGGGAACAUAACAAGAAAGAACAUGAAAGAAAGCUUAAAGUAUUAAAGGGAGUUACUCAACAAGUUCCUCAGUCAACUGUAAAGGAUGGAGUUACUCUGGACCUUGCAAAUCCGAAUAAGGCUGAUAUAAAUGUGAAUAUAAAGGAGGAGAAUGGAGUGUCUGUCAAAGAACAUUUCCCGAAUAGAGGCCAUUACAUAGGAUCUGUUUUUGACGGUGGAGCUACUCUAUGGACAUGUGGAACUGGAGAAACUUCUGGGCUUGUAACUUCUUACACAAAAGGAGAAUAUGCUCUUCUUUUCGUAGGAAUAAAGAAAGGUGACAAUUUCGGGAGUAAGUUAUUUAAAAAGGCUGAUGGAAAUUGGAAUGAAAUUAGUCUGGAAGAGUUUAAAAAAGCAAAAGCAAUGAUGGAAACACCUGUAGAAUCCACUGAACAUGAUCUCCAAGAGAUUAAUCCAUCGCAUCCUAUUGAGGAUACACAUAUAGAGAAUCUUAGAGGAUUUCAAGAUAAGGAAGGAUCCUCUGUAAAGGCUCUUGUGGAGACUGCAUCCGAUGAUGUGGAAGAGAAGAAAGAGCCUGCUGAUAAACAUAUAGAAUCUCCUGAAACUCCCCAGGAAUUAGAUACUUCAUCAGAUAACACAGAUAACCAGUCAUCUGAGCAGGAUGAUACUUUGGACUUUUCAAAUCCCGAUAAGGACAAUUCUCUGUCCUUCGAUUACUCCUUUGCUGCUAACACGAUAAGACUCAUUGUUCCUAAUAAAGAUACUACUGUUACAAAGCUCAUGAACGACACUGAGGAUGUACACGCUCUUUCAGCUGAAGAAAAGUUUGAUCAUGCUAAGGCAUAUCUUAACAAGGAUAAGAAGCCUGAACUGGUCCUUCUAGUAACUACUUUAUCUGGUACUCCUAAGGAAACUUACCUUGAACUCCAGAAUGGUAAAUGGGUAUCUUGUAAUGACAAAGAUGCCAAGAUGAGGAGCUUGAUGGAUCCCGCAGAUUAUAUAUCCGACUUUGAACUUGAUCUUUCCUUGGCCAAUAGUACUAAUGAAUGUACCAUUUUCCAAGUCGACCUCCUGGGAGUUACCACUAAACACUUUUUUCCUAAACCUGGCUGCGCUGCUAUUAAAGUAAAGGAUGGUAACAAGGAAGUUUGGAAAUCUGCAAUGCGUACUAAUAGAUCUGGACCAGGAAAUUUUGAUGGCUAUUGUCUUUCUUGUCUCAUUCAUAAGAAGGGAUCUAUGGAGUUACUAGAAAUGAUUGUGGUGGAGAAUAGUUCAAGGUGGUAUAAAUUCUUUGAAAAGACUGUUAAUGGUUGGACUCCCAUCAAGAAAGAAGAUUAUGAUAAGAAGUUUGAUGACCUUAGAGCAGUAGAUCCUGAGGUAUCCCAGGAUACCACUUCCUCAGAGAACCUACAAUCUCAGAAUGAAGAAGUUAAUGAACUCAUUACGGAUGAAUCAGUCAAGAGUGAAGAUUUGUCUCAAAGUUCUGUGAAUGGCCCUUUGGAACACUCACCAGCUGGGGAACCUGCUAGUCAAGAUGUUAAUCAAAGCAGUGAGUCUAAUGAGAGUCCUACUGAAGUGACCACUGUAGAGCAUGAGGAACAAACUCCUCAAGAGUCCGGUAGUGAUCAUUCUGAAGAACAAUUACAGACCGAACAAGCUACUUCUGAUUCUCAACCAGAUACUGAUACCAACGAGGAACCUGAGGUGGUACCAUCUGAACCUGCUACCGAGACACUAGACCUUGCCAGUCCAGAUGACUCUAAGGUAGACUUUUCUAAUGGAGAUGAUAAACGUAAUGUUGUAGAAGCCUCUGAGAAGGGAGAAGAAAGUACUCCUCCUCUGGAUAUAGAUGGGAACACACAGACAAAGUCCUUUGAGAAUAGUACUGAAUGGAAUGACCAUUCGAAUGAGAGAUCUUUAGGUCAGGAAUCUCACAACCUUAGCACUUCUGAGCUUAGGGGAAGCAGAACAUCAAUCAGUUCUGGGAUACAAAACCGUAGAGCUUCUACAGCGAGCACAAUCUCUACAACUAGUACAGUAUCAACUAUUUCCUUGAAUCAAACUAGUGGAUCAGCAACUUUGAAAUUAACAAAACCUGACGACUCAAUCUAUCAGUCCUUCGACUACUACCAUGAUGACAACCAUAUUAAACUGGUCCUUCCACAGGAGGGUGUGAUAGUGACUAAAUUGUUAGAGUCCAGGUCUACAAUAUGGACAGGUAAAACCGGAGAAGUCUUGGAAUACGCUAAAGUGUACCUUGAUAAGGAUGGUAAACAUGAGUUUGUUAGAGUUUGGAAAAAGGGUUACUCAGGUGUAACAUGCAUGAACUAUACAAAGAAUAUUUUAAAUAAUUGGUCAAAAUUCACUGGAAAUAUAAACAAAAAAUAA